AUGAUCCAGUUGAUGACAAGAAAAGAAGCUUUCUGGGCUUAUGGCUUCUAUGGUUGCCACUGUGGCCUGGGUGGCAGAGGAGCCCCAAUGGAUGAAACAGAUUGGUGCUGUCUCAAGCAUGAUUGUUGCUACAACCUUCUGAGGAAACGUGGGUGCGGCACAAAGUUUCUGAACUACCAGUUCACCGUAAGGGGGCACGAAAUCGAGUGCAGCAUAAACCAGGAUUACUGUCGGAGUUGGCUGUGUGGAUGCGAUAAAACUGCUGCCUACUGUCUUGCUCAAAACCAGAAAAGCUAUAAGAAAAGUUACCAGUUCUAUCCUGACCUGUUCUGCCGUGGGAAGAAACCCACUUGCCAUUGGCCCUGA